ACAUGUACAAAUGUACCUGAUGUCAAUAUACAUCGGAAAUACAUUACAUUUUCGAAGAUAUCUGAAAAAUAGCUAUGCCACAAUUGAUCUACCGUACUUCGAGUUAAGAACGUCUUGUAUAAACGGAACUGCUCUCUACAUUAUGUUGGUCACACGCCGAUCAAUAUUGCCAAGUGUAUCGACCCACACAUACAUUACUUGUAAGCAGUGGAUGAACCCAGAUUGUGCGAGUAUUAAGACGUAAUGUAAACCAAGCGUUUAGAGCACAGAUUCGACUUAAGUAAACGCCUGCAGUUCAAACACUUUAAAGCGAAAAACACAUGUGCUAUUUGUCAGGCUAAUAAAUGUUGAGGGUACUUGAAGGUUUAUUUUAAACGUGGAGUUAUUCAAAACAACGUUACGAUAAAAGACACUUUCACAUCGGAGCAAUGGAAGCCGUUAAAAUGGCGCUGUCGAUUUUCGACCGCAAUCAGAAGAUACGGUUACUGCCCUUUGUUGUGACUGCGACAUUUUUCCUAAUCCAGCCAUACGAACCGGGGACAUUCCUGGGAACGACAUUCAAAGUGUUACCCGUUCUGUCGCUUAUCGGCUACGUGAUCGUCACUAGGUCCCAGUUCCCACGGAAAACCAAAUCCAUCAACAUCCAUUCUCUAACACCGGAGGAUCCCUACAGUUUCUGCAUUCUUGUUGGACUCUGUAUGUCUCUCGUUGGAGACAUUCUGGUCACAAUACCGUACAUGAUGUUCCUUGGUGGAUUCUUGUACAUGGUGAUAUACCUCUGCUAUUUCAUCGCCAUCGAGGUGGACGGCAGACACAAAGGCUGUCGUAGCAGCGUCACCUGGCUUUUUGGGCUUCUUUAUAUCAACACCUUCCUCUGUCUUCAGGGAACCGCGGACGAGUUCGGAAUGAAGCUCUUCUUUUUAAUCUACCUGGCCCCUCUCUUCCUGGCGGGCUGGAAGGCGGCGUCGGCGAUGGAAGAGAACCCUCGGGACAUGUCGGUCUUCAUGGGUUGUCUCGGGGCUUCAUUGUUUAUCCUCUCGGACUGUCUAGUGAUCUCCCACCACAUGGAGUACCCCAUUCCGUUCGCCGAGUUCUUCUAUAUGCUGUUUUACUAUGGCGCUCAGUGUGGAUGGGCGCUUAGCACGUCGCAUUUUAGUAAAGGGGCAUAGACGACAAUGCUGACUUUGCCGAAUACUCGUUUAGAGGCUUAAUCUGCGAAAAGGGAAGGCGACAUUGAUAACACUUUCAGGGGUUUUAUUUAGAAAAAGGGGAAGACGCUGGACGCUGGGUAAAAUGGGAAAAUUGAGCGCGAAGGAGACAUAUUUGGGAAAAAAAAUAAAAACUGUUCAUUUCAAUGUCUAUAACUCACCUACAGACUUCAGGUUUUUUUUUAGAAAAAGAGGCAUGUGUCUGACCUUUUUGUUCUUAAACACAUGAACAAGUAUGAUAUUAAAGUCAAAGUCCUAAAUAAAGUUGCAGGUGUAGAUCUAAUAAUGUCAACUGGGGCCGGGGAAUGAUGUCAAUAUUAUGAUUUCAAUUUCAAGAUGAAUGGAUUGACGAUCUAGAUCUGCUACAGUAUUGGAAGGGAAAGGUGCGGCAGCUGCCGAUUGUCUACUUUCACUUUUACAAUAAUCCGACAGUAUUAAUCGAUGUUGAUUACAUGUACCUCCGAAUCCUGCUGGGUUUCAACGGUUUUUGAUGAUUCAUUCUUAAAAAAUGCGUCGACGCAAUUAAUAUUUCCGAGUCCAAACGUUUUAUUUUGUUCGUGUAUGAACGCCAAUUUUGAGACUUUUUCUGUUUUAACGUUUAUAUCUUGGCUUUCAUAUAACCCGGAUGAAAAUUCGACUGGUUUCCGGUAAUUAAUUGACGAAACACCCUCCUCGCGCAAGACCGGAAUCCAGUAAAAUAGUCACAUGAUAAAUACGAUUAGUUGCCCGGUUUCCAUGACGUAAUUUAGAGCUAUAUAUAGAAUCAUUGGGAUUCCCAGAUUUGAGUGUUCGUCGGGAGAGAGAGAGAGAGAGAGAGAGCGAGAUCGUAGUACAUGGUACAAAUUGGAUAAGUGUCGACUUCCCAAAAGAAAAAAAACAACAUUUCUUUGAGGGUAAAAUAUUAUAUUUUGGUGAAAAAUUAUAUUUUUGGAGGGGAAAUGGUAUUUUUAGGGGAAAAAUUCUGGUAGGGGAAGACGCCGAAUAUCGGCGUCACUUUCUUAGUAAAAAACCCCCUGACUUUGGAGUUUUAAUAUUUUAAUAAAUGUAUUAAGCUACCGAAUACGUGUUAAAUAAUUAAUCUUGAAAUGACUGAUUACAUUUUUGAAGGCUAAAUAAGCUUAAAUUUAAAGAUGACACCGAAAUGGAAUUCAGUGUUUGAUGAUUUAUCUGUUAAUGAGUAGACAUGCUGCUGAGUGUUUGCGGAUAGAUAUAUAAAAAAGAAAGAAGUAAGAAAGAUAAAGGCAGUGUUUGAUGAUUAAUCUGCGACAAGAUAGUAAGCAUCAAGUUCAUGUUAUGAAACUAAUUCGCUGAAAAGUAACACAUUUUGAGGAUUAUCCCUCUGAAAGAAAGCAGACGUCUACAAAUAAAGUUUCGGAGGAUUAAUCUGUUGAAAAUAAAGUCGACGAUUUAUUGAUUAUUGUGUUGGAUAAUUUAUUUGCUAUACAAAUGGAAAAAUUCUUUGAGCAAUACGAAUUCAAAACUUAUUUUUAUUGUUGGAUGUAUUGCAACACACUUGCGAACAAAAUUUUAGUGAUAUCCUUAUCGAAACACAAACAUACAUUUAUAUAUGUUAUGGUAUGAUUACGAAACAAAGUGCAAUCGUAUUCAAACCAAAAAAAAUUCUAAAAAUUAACAACCGUUUGCUUUUGCUUAUUAUGUGUUAGAGCUUAGAAAUGAAACAUGGGCAUUGUAUUGAUGUUGAUGUUGUACUGUACGAAAGAAGUUUUUAGAUGUUACAUAUAUUUUGGAACAGUUUAUGCUUGUAGUUAUUUUAUGUUGGUUUUAGCCUCAUACUAAAAUCGUUUCUAUGAUAUUAUUAAGUUGCCCAUCGUUUUGUUUUUAAAAACAUUUUUAUAAUAAAGCAUGCUUAAGUUUUUUAUUGUUUUAUAUUAAUUGAAUAAAUAAAAAUGUUAUUUACUAUCA